CAUUGCCCAACCGCCGCCCCAAUGCGCAUGGUCCAAGUCUCGGAGCAGGACCGUUCCCAGUGAUGGACCGCAAAGGCCGCUGGUCUCGCUCGUCCUCCUCGUCACCAUGUCCUUGACCUUCACGCAAGGGUUCCUGCUGGGCCAGCUGUCCGUGGUCGUCUUUCUGGGGUGCUUCAUCAAGUUCUUCAUCUUCGGCGAGGCGCCCUCGCCGGCGCGCUCGCGGACCUCGUCCUACUCCUCCUCUCGUCGACAGGCCCCGAAACACGUCCGGACCACGUCCCUCCACGGCCUCGCGUCCUCCCGGACCCCCGCGCCGUCGCAGUCGUUGCGGACCAAGGCCAGCGCCACCAACAUCCUGCGCCCCGUGCCGACAAACGCGACCGACAUCGCCUCCAUCCUGCGCAAGACGUACUACCAGAUCCCCAGCCGCGGUCUCGGCCACGGCGGGGCCCACGGGCAUGGCAAGCACCAUCAUCACUCCACGCACCAGCCGGAGAGUCUGGACUGGUUCAACGUCCUGCUUGCGCAGACAAUAGCACAGUACCGCCAGACAGUCUACAAUUUGCGAGACGGCUCAGGGAGCUCCUCGGCCAUCCUUGCGAGUCUUGAAGCGACCAUCAAUGACCCUGAAAAGAGGCCGUCGUAUAUAGACAAGAUCAAGAUCACCGAAGUUUCCAUGGGCGAAGAGUUUCCCAUUUUCAGCAAUGUUCGAGUCAUCGCCGUCGAUGACGAUCUGUCAAGUGCCACUGGUGGAAGGCUACAAGCUUUGAUGGAUGUCGACCUAUCAGACGACAACCUGACUCUAGCUAUCGAGACCGCACUCAUCCUCAACUACCCCAAACCCUUUUCUGCCGUGCUGCCAGUCGCCCUUGCGGUUUCGGUCGUAAGAUUCUCUGGCACUCUCUCCAUAAGUUUUGUCCCUGUCACAGAGGACGACCCAUCCAGCGAAAACAAGAAUGCCUCCUCGGGUAAGCCCAAGACCAAUCUCGCAUUUUCCUUCCUCCCCGAUUAUCGACUCGACAUUUCUGUUCGAAGCUUGAUUGGAUCCCGCACUCGCCUGCAGGACGUACCAAAGAUUGCUCAACUAGUGGAAGCUAGAGCACAAGCGUGGUUUGAGGAGAGGGUCGUCGAGCCAAGAGUUCAAGUGGUUCCUCUGCCCGGCCUGUGGCCACGGAUGGGUAAGACAAGGGUGAGGGAAGGCCAGGAUGACGAGCGACCUCCUACUCAAGACGACCGGCGAUCCUCUUCAUUCGUGGAUCAUCGCAAAGAGCCAAAGCCAGAGGACCAUUUUCCCUCUCAAGAAGAAACUGAGAGAAUCUUUGAGGGACUUAGAUGGCGGGCUGGUCAUCAUCGUGCCGACAGUCAGGUCAUCGAACAUGAAGAUGAUGCCCAAACUCCUCAACCCUUGCGAGUCAUGCCUGGAGCUCUUCCGGCUUCAUGAGGAAGACUCGACCAGGGUUCUGGGACAGCAUAGGAGUUUGUACCUGGUCAGAGCCAAGGAAGUAAGUGGGUCGCCAUUCUCUUGAGUGCAUUGUGCUCCUCAGUGCAAGCCACAAUAAGGGCAGAGUAUCACUCCCUCUGUGUACUCUCUCAAGUGGGCUCUAUUGUGCUCGGUGGGAACAUCUCGUCCCAUAGCCAUUGGAGCGGCUCACUGCAAACCGGCUUCCACCACAAGAACCUCGAGCAAAUCAGUUCCAGUAUUGACGAGUCUUGAAUCUGUAAGAGUAAGAUCUGCUGUAGCAGCUGCUCAAUAUACCAGCAUCGUUGGGGUGUGAAGUUUGAUGCAAUUGCUCCCAACGUCAGAGACCAAAGUAAGACUUGACCGUGCAAGUCCCAACAGCCGAGAAGGUCGCAGGCCUCGAGAGUCUGUUGCAGCGCCAGAGCAAGCCUGGGCUUCACUCUUUGCGGAGGAGGUAGAGGGAAGAUGACCAUGUCGCUGAAAACCAGUGCCCCUAACCGGACGGCUUGAUGGACACACAGUUCGGCGUUCGACAAAUCCAACGGACACGGUAUUUGAGAUAGGAGUCGGUGCUGGGCGCAGUUCCGGGCUUCUGAAAGCUCCACGAGUUCUGGGGCAGUGGAACCACCACGUACAUGGUGGUCUAGGGCUACGGUGAUCUCGGAGUAUGCGUCCAACGCCUCGAGCAACUGCUGACCGGCAGGACUUUGACGGAGGUAGCGAAACCCUGCGCCAAGUUUGGAAUCCAAGUCAAUGGCCACAUGGUCGAGCAAAUGCUUUCCUGUAGAGACGAGUGACUUGAUGGGAUGGCGCCACGGGAAGUUUGGUCUGCAUACGUAUUUUGAAGCAAAGUACAGAUCGCACCUGUCGUUGUCAUUCAGAAUCACCAUUCACCGUAUGGUGGGAGGGAAUAGAUAGCAACCAGACUUACAAUUGCAUUGUAUCGGCCAUUCCGUACA